UCUGAAUAAUUUUGAUUCUGUGUGUUAAGAUGGACCUGAUGCCGUUUGUGAACAAAGCCGGCUGCGAGUGCCUAAACGAGAGCGACGAGAGCGGCUUUGACAACUGCUUAGUCAAGGACACCACCUACCUGGAGUCCGACUGCGAUGAGCAGCUCCUCGUUACGAUGGCCUUUAACCAACCUGUCAAGCUGUACUCCAUGAAGCUGCAGACCUCUGACUUCGCCCAGGCACCAAAGUGUGUGAAGAUCUUCAUUAACCUUCCUCGCUCCAUGGACUUUGACGAUGCUGAGCGGAGCGAGGCCACCCAGACCCUGGACCUGGCCGAGGAGGACUUCAAGGACGACGGGUUGAUUCCGCUGAGAUAUGUGAAGUUCCAGAACGUUCAGAGCGUCACGAUGUUUGUGAAGAACAAUCAGGGGGAUGAAGAGACGACUAAAAUCAAUUACCUUACUUUUAUUGGGACCCCUGUACAGGCAACAAACAUGAAUGACUUCAAACGGGUUGUGGGCAAGAAAGGAGAGAGUCACUGAGACGGCGGAGAGGAGAGGAGAGGAGAGGAGAGGAGAGGAGAGGA